GGACGACACAGACAGGGCGUGUCUGCUCGUUCCCACAGCAACCAGGAGCCGUCAGACGCUGACCCUGCGCGACUGGCUGCCGAGUUCCGUGACAUUAGCGUGUAGCGUGUAGUGUGGAGCAUGGCGGACGGGGAGCAAUUCAUGUCUGUGGAUUACGAGGUGUUUGGAAAGGUGCAAGGCGUCUUCUUCCGCAAGUACACGCAGGCGGAGGGAGCGCGGCUGGGACUGGUGGGCUGGGUGCAGAACACGGAUGCGGGCUCCGUGCGGGGGCAGCUGCAGGGCCCCGGGGGCCGCGUGCAGGAGAUGCAGGACUGGCUCCGGAAUAAAGGAAGCCCGAAGUCCGAGAUCACCGGAGUCCGUUUCCAGAACGAGCGGCGGAUCCCGCGGCUGCAGCACAGCGCCUUCAGCAUACGCAAGUGACUGCGGCGAGCGGGCGUGACACGGGGGCCCCCGCCGCAUGGUGUGACACGGGACCCCCGCCGCAUGGUGUGACACGGGGGCCCCCGCCGCAUGGUGUGACACGGGGGCCCCCGCCGCAUGGCGUGACAUGCAGCCACGUGGACUUCCUGUUCUCAGGAUCUGCAGGAUUAUUCCUCCCCAUUCAGUUAUUUCUCCCUAUUGUUAAAUUCAUGUUAAAUUAUAAAGUUUAUGGGUUAAAAAACAAAAA